CCCAUUUGAUUCUUCAUAGAAAGUAGCCACACGAUACCUCGGUCUCACUCUCACUGGCCUGACCUUCCAUCCCAUCUUUCUUUCUUUCUUUCUUUCUUCUCACUAAUUAUAAGCCUUAGAAACCUUUGUGAAGAUGUUUCGCGCCGUGGCCUUUGCCAUGCUUCUUGUUGCUUCAGCUUCUGUGUUGGAGGCAGAGGGGAGGAUAUCUAGGAAGGACCUGGGCCUGGACUUGGGCGGCGUCGGAAUUGGGUUGGGUGCAGGCCUAGGGCUUGGUUUAGGUGGCGGCAGUGGCGCAGGUUCUGGCUCAGGCUCGGGCUCAGGUUCGGGGUCUGGGUCUGGUUCAGGCUCAGGUUCGGGGUCUGGUUCUGGUUCAGAAGCGGGCUCAUACGCAGGGUCCUAUGCUGGUUCACGAUCUGGUUCGGGUUCUGGUUCAGGUGAAGGGCAUGGCUAUGGAGAGGGCUAUGGCUCGGGCCAUGGUUCAGGGUCUGGGCGGGGAUAUGGAGAAGGUUCUGGCUAUGGCCGUGGGUCUGGAUCGGGUUCAGGAUCUGGCUAUGGUCAGGGUGAAGGAUACGGCUCCGGCUAUGGCAGUGGACAUGGCAAGUAGGCGAGAGAUCAGUGAAUGGAAAUGAAAAAAAAAAAAAGAUUUUAGUCUAUAUGUAACGAUUACGUAUAAAUAAAAGGCAAUGUGGCUAUGUGUUUGUAUGAAGACAAUGUUACGUGUUUGUAUGAAGAUAUGUUGGACAUGAAUCUUAAUUUUA